AGGGCUGGUUCAAUUGCUACGUGACACGAAGAAAAUGGGACAAUGAUACGCGAGGCAACUCAGACAGAGGGAGGCAUCUUUCGGGCAGCAGAUGGCAGCUUGGAGGAUGGCGAACGGAUCCUCCGUAUCUGGUUAAAGGAUUUCGGAAACCCGCAUGACUGUCCUGGGAUCGAUAGCGUUUCAGGGAAGAUCACCAUCUCCCUUUCUCAGUUGUAUGAUAUGGUACAACGAGCCGAGGCCCGGGCACAGACGACAAGACAAGUGAUAGAUGACGUGGGUCCCCCAGGGAUAGUGUCGCGAAAGAGGGACCGGUCACCUCCGGAGAAGCUCCGCGCCUCAGACGAGAAGCGGUUCAAGGCGGCAGACGAGGAAGUCGAUGAACAGUUCUACAACCAGGAUGAUGAAUAUGUUCCUAGAGGAGGACUGGCAGGCUGCCACACAGAACAAGAAACGGGAGCUAUACGACGUGGGCCCCCCAGGAAGGCAAAAACGACUGAAGGUCCAGUCACCUCCAGAGAAGCUUCGUGAGUCAGAUAAGGAGCGGUUCGCAGUAGCUAAGGAAGAAGUCGAUAAGCAGUUCCACAACCAGGAUGCUGAGUAUAUUAUAUGUCGCAUAAAACGUAGACCCCUACAUUUACGCUUUGCGGUAUGUAGGCAU